AUGAAAAGGUACAGAAUAUUCUUCACACAUUAUCAACCAGAAACCAAAGAGGAUGCUCCACAAUUAAUCGAAGUAGUAGUCCAUUCUGCCGCGAAUGGAGAAGAUGCCGUAGUUGACGACGUACACAGCGAAGAAGCCGUGGAUUCUCAUGUGUAUGCUUGUCCCAUCAUAGAAUGUGGUAUGCAGAGUCAAAACAAAGAAGAGGUGGAGGAACAUAUCGCUGCUGUCCAUGGUGACAUGCAAGAUUGGGUGGACGACGGCGCAGAAGCUGAAGCUUUUGCAAGUGGCUCUGAAACGAUCGUUGUGAAUGACGUACAAGAUGGUCAAGAACAAAAUAUUGUUAGUGAGCAGCAUCCUAUAAUGGUAACUGAAGACCAGCAGUAUCGAUAUUAUCCAUAUGAGGAGGAAAGUGAGUAUGGUUUUUUUUACUCCACUGAAAGGCAGUGGAUCGGGAAAACGGACCCUUUUCGGGUUUCAUUGGUAUUAUGUAGUAGACAAACCGUAGCCGCAACCCCACCCUUCAGUUUAUGCGCUAAGUCCUGAAA